AUGCGCGCCGUCCUGCAGCGCGUUAAAGGCGCAACUGUUCAUGUCGACGGCAAGCUCGUCUCCAAGAUCGGCCCAGGCAUCGUAGCGCUCAUUGGCAUCUCGACCGAAGACACAGCCGCAGAGAUCACCCCUCUCGCCAACAAAAUCCUCAACACCAAGCUGUGGAACGAGAACCAGCAAGCAGCACACAUUGUUGUUCCUCCACAGUACGAACCCGAAGCACCAGUCUCUACCGACGACGCACCUUCCACGGCUGCACCCGCUUCGACCAACGGAGAAGCCGAAGGCGGCAGCGCAAGAGCCGAGCAAGUGUGGGGUGGCAAGCCGUGGAAACGGUCCGUAGUCGAGCUGGGCGGCGAAGUGCUCUGCGUCUCGCAGUUCACCCUGUUUGCUCGCACUGUCAAGGGAACCAAGCCAGACUUCCACCGCGCUAUGGGCGGCAACGACGCAAGAGUCAUCUACGAAGCGCUGCUCAAGAAGCUCGGUGACAGCUACUCGCAUGACCGCAUCAAGGACGGCGCUUUCGGCGAGAUGAUGGAUGUGUCUUUGACCAAUGAUGGACCUGUGACCAUCUUGCUGGACACCGCCGAAAAGAAGUAG